CCGCACGACACAGCCCUUUUCAACCAAAAAUGGAUAGAAUAUUUUAGGAGAAUGGGUGUUAAAGAUGAAAUGAAUACCACUACUUCUAGCACCAUAAAUGAUAUUGCCCAAUUGGGAGUGGACAAGGAGAGCUAUACUCUCCUCACUAUGCAUUUAAAAUCAACACAAGCAGGAGCUCAACAAAGCUAGACGAGCGGAAAAUGGUGAUGGUUAUGGCAGCUGAUACUCUUAGGAGGAAUCUGAUAGCGAUGAAGGAAAGAUUGUUGGAUAAGCUUAAAGCUGCUGCUGUUCCGGCUGAUGCUUUGGAAAAUGCCCGCCAAUUCUUGGAGAGCGUGGUGAGUGUUGCGGUUCAUGGCCUCGCCAAGGAUGCCUUGCUUCGCAUCAAGACUCAUCUUGUUCACCCAUUCUCUUCCCUCUCCCCAAACAUCACUAGAAAGAUGGUAGAGGAAGCAGAGGAGGAGGCUAAUGAAAAGGGAGAAAGUGAAGGAGAUGAGAGAGGAGAGGUCAAUGAGCAAAGUAGCAGCAAGGCUCUACAGCUAUCACGGCUUUAGAAUUAUUAUUUAUACAAGAACCUUAUUCACCUUUUUCAUAUAUGUGGUUGGAAGAGGUGACUUUCAGUGUCUCAUUUUUAUAUGCCUGAUUAAGCAGUUUUCCAGAUGGCGUAACUUGUUUAUAAUCUGGGUUACAAUUCAUAUAAUAAAUACAACUUUCUUGAA